CAGAGGCAGACAGAAGGAGAGGCAGAGGUGUGACUGGGUGUGAGAGAGAAACGGGCAAACGUAUGCAUGCUCUCCCUGUAAUAUGUCUUGAGAUAUUUUUUAGCUACAAAUAAAUUAGACAAAGAUCUGACACAGGCAGAUACCCGGCGGUGUUUUUCAGAGACAUCUAUUUUUUGUCAGACGCCUGCUACUAUACUGCUCUUUCAGAAAAAAAAAAAAACUUCUGUGGACUUUUACUUUGCCUCUUAGGAGGAAUCACUUUGUGUACUUCAGUUGCACGACACCUGUGUAUUACACCGCAAGCGACAUCAGGAUACGGAUUACAAUGUUUAGCAGCACUGGGACUUGGGUCGCUUUGGUGACACUUUCCUUGGUGGUAAGGGAAACGCGGGGAGGUUACGGGAUGAGCAUGUUCGCCGCACAGUCAUCCCCUCCUGACCCAUGUAACGACGAGCACGGUAACCCUAGGAGGUGCAUCCCCGACUUCGUGAAUGCUGCGUUCGGCAAAGAUGUGCGCGCGACAAGCACCUGUGGUAACCCCGCUGCGCGCUACUGCGUAGUAACGGAGAAAGGAGAGGAGAGGUCCAGGGACUGCCACACAUGCGACGCCGACGAGCCCAAGAAGACUCAUCCACCAGCAUACUUGACUGAUCUAAACAACCCCCAUAACCUCACCUGUUGGCAGUCAGAAACGUAUGUACAAUAUCCUCAAAACGUGACUCUCACUUUGUCUUUAGGUAAGAAAUUCGAGGUGACCUAUGUAAGCCUACAGUUUUGUUCACCGCGACCUGAAUCUAUGGCCAUUUACAAAUCAAUGGACUAUGGCAAAUCUUGGGUCCCUUUUCAGUUUUACUCUACACAGUGCAAGAAAAUGUUUAACCGGCAAAAUAAAGCCGUUAUCACCAAACAGAACGAGCAGGAGGCCAUCUGCACAGACUCCCACACGGACAUGCAUCCUCUGACCGGGGGACUUAUUGCGUUUAGCACUUUGGACGGUAGACCGUCCGCGCACGACUUUGACAACUCGCCCGUGUUGCAGGACUGGGUAACAGCCACAGACAUCAAAGUAACAUUCAGCCGACUGCACACCUUUGGUGACGAAAACGAGGACGAUUCGGAAUUGGCGCGGGACUCGUAUUUUUACGCAGUGUCUGACUUGCAGGUUGGCGGGAGGUGCAAGUGCAACGGGCACGCUUCAAAGUGCGUGAAAGACCGGGAGGGAAACCUGGUCUGCGAGUGCAAGCACAACACCGCAGGACCAGAGUGUGAUCGAUGCAAACCGUUCCACUAUGAUCGUCCAUGGCAACGCGCCACAGCAAGAGAGGCUAACGAAUGUGUUGCCUGCCACUGUAACCUGCAUGCCCGUCGCUGCCGCUUCAACAUGGAGUUAUACAAGCUCUCAGGCAGACGCAGUGGGGGUGUCUGCCUCAACUGCCGUCACAACACAGCUGGUCGCCACUGCCACUACUGCAAGGAGGGUUACUACCGUGACAUGUCCAAGGCCAUUUCCCAUCGCAAGGCCUGCAAAGCCUGUGAUUGCCACCCAGUGGGAGCCGCAGGCAAGACGUGUAACCAGACCACAGGACAAUGCCCCUGCAAGGAUGGCGUGACUGGGCUCACCUGCAACCGCUGUGCCAAGGGCUACCAGCAGAGCCGCUCCCCCAUUGCCCCCUGCAUCAAGAUCCCCGUGGCGUCUCCCACUACCUCCUACAGCAGCUCAGAAGAGCCCACAGACUGUGAGACCCACUGCAAGGCAUCCAAGGGCAAGAUGAAGAUCAACAUGAAGAAGUACUGCAAGAAACACUACGCGCUUCAAGUCCAUGUGCUGAAGGGUGACAAGGCCGGCGAGUGGUGGAAGUUCACCAUCAACGUCAUCUCCGUUUACAAGCAGGGCGGCCAGCGCAUCCGACGUGGGGACCAGCUGCUGUGGGUGCGUGCCAAGGACGUAGCCUGCCGCUGCCCCAAGAUCAAGCCCGGCCGCAAGUACCUGCUGCUGGGCUCCGAUGAGGAUGACUCCCGUGGCCAGAGCGGCGUGGUGGCCGACAAGGGCAGCCUGCUCAUCCCCUGGAAGGACCUGUGGGCACGACGCCUCCGCAAGUUCCAGCAACGAGACAAGAGGGGCAAGUGCUAGGCCCCUUGUCUGGCAGAGGGGUGAGGUGGCAAAAAAGAAGGAGCAAAAAAGUGUGAAGUAUGAAGAGAAAUAAAGGAAGAGGGAUAUAUCAUAGAUAUGAUUGAGAUGAUGAUGAUGUCUUGGCGUAAAAGAACUGGAGUGCUGCUACCCUGGGUAGAGGCAUACUGACAAUAUUAUAAGCGAAUGUUUUUUUCCCUCCAUUUCCUCAUCUUUAGGAUUGUUUGUGAAGGAGCCCAGUGUUGCAGUCUGUUUUCCUUCAAGGGUUGUGUCUUCAUUGUGGAUUUGCAAAGUUUGCACCUAACCUGGCAUAUAAAAUACUAUGUACAAGUCCUUUGUGUUUCAUUCACAAUAGGUGUUGUUGAUUGUACCAGUUUGUUAUCUUUUUAAAGACAGCAUUACAAAAAAAACAAGCUACUGUAUCUCUUGUCAGAGUCAAAGUUGGCUCUUGUUAUGUGUAUUUUGUCAUUUUGCUUAGAGUUAAGGUGACCGAGAAGAGCUUGUGGUUGAAACAGUCUCAGUUGGCUGUUUCCUUGGUCGAGUUCCAGUGAAACGGUGUAAACCACUUGCCACUAGAAGUGUUAACACACUAAACUCUUCAUUAAGCCGUGGUUUUGCUGUGGUUUCUGCUCACAUUGAUAAAACUGUGGGGGGUUAGGAUGGGUAUGGAAGUAGAGUCCAUCACAUUUCUUUUGUGCCUUAAUGUUAAAACUUCACGAAUACCUCACCAGUAACAUUCAUGUUUUCUUUUCAUUUCCUUACACAACCAAGGCCUACUGGGGGGGGGGGGGGGGAGGGGGAUACCCAUUUGUGUUGUGCGGCUGAAAUUCAUAAAAACGUGGCCUCAUUUUCUCUGGCCUUUAAAUGAUCGAUGAAGUGCAUGUCUGAGCAAGGCAUCAUUCCAUAUCAAAGGGAAAAUAAUAGAGGGGGGGGGGGGGGGGGGGGCAUGUUCAAUCACUUCUAUAAUCAUAUCUCAUAGAUUUGAGGAGCAGCUAGUGAAUUAGACAGGGGGUUCACUGUCCAUUCUUUACUUAAUAUGUGUAUGUGUGGUUUAAGCUUUGUGUGCUUUCUUGUGUAACUGUUCGCUAACACAGAUACCUGAACGUGGAUCUAGAAUCAGCAAAGCAUCUAACCUCAAUUCUCUGAUGGUAUGAGGAAAAAAAUGCCUUUUGCUUUACAUGACUAUAAAUCAUAAAUUUAACAUGCAGCCAGAAUCAGACCUAAACCAGCUGGUAUUAGCAGUCAUCACAAGUAUUCAAACUUCAGAGGCCUAUAAGCUGAAAUUUAUUGUAGAUAUACAGUACACCUAGAGUGUCCUUUUCUGUGCAUUGUUUUACUUCAAAUUGAUGGUACAUCAUCUAAUGUGGUGAUCCUAAAUGCAUGGUUAUUAAACAAAUCCAUUUAUUUCUUAUGAAAUUAAUUUUAUUCAACUGAGUGUAGUUCUAAUUAAGGCAUAUGACUGUGGUUGGUUAAAAAUAAUGUUCCUGAAUUUGUGGUAAUUCAGUCAAACCCUCAAAUUUAGCCUCAUUUCUAUUGUGAAUUUGCCCUCAUGGAAAAACAUCUAUGAAGUGUAAAUGUCUAUUUUUUAAAAAGUGACUUGGUACUUUACAUUUUCUUUUUUUAUUUUGAUGAUACUGCUCUGUUCAUUUUGUUAAUUGUAUAGAUGUAUAGUUAUUUUUUGUAAGACAUUAACUAGAUUGUAUACACAUGCUAUUAACCUGAAGUUUGAGAACCAUAGAUUUAAUAAGUGGGCAUACAGAACACUAACUUUUAUCCUUGUUUACAUUUAUUGACAGGAAUAUUUUAGAGAAAGAUCAAAAUAAUCUUACAUUUCAGACAGGCACAUACACCCAGCAAACACACACACACACACACUGAAUUUACAAAUUGUACCAAACUGGUCAUGAAACCCAUCCUUCGCUCUCAUUUACCGUACUGAAUCCCAUAAAACUGGAGUCAUACAUUGAAUGUUUGGUCCUGUGAGUGAUGCCAACAUACCUUUUAUAUUGAGACAAAUUUUCCUAGUAUUUGGAGAAUUCAUCAUGUGUUCUGAUAUUUGAAGAUGACCUGUCAUUUGUUCAUAGUUGGUCUGUACAGUAAAGAAUGUUUAGCUGUGUCCAGGGCGAAAAUGUUGUGUAUUGUCUUGUAAUGCAUACUAAUAUAUUAUGAUUAUCAUAA